AUGGAUACAAGUCCAUCAGAGCGUUUUUCAAAACUUUCGGAAGAAUUAUGCAGUCUUCUCUCUGUUAAACUACGCAGUAAGGAAAAUCUAAACGUAGUUAUAGAUGAAUUAAAUGCUUUACCUUAUAAGGCUGAAUUAUUUAUUCGUAAACAUGAAGCUGGUGCAUUAAUCAAUGUAUUGUGCUUCAAUGUAAAUCCAGUAGAUGAAUCCCUUACAGCAAAGACUUCACAUUUAAUAAAUAGCAUCCUUAUUAAGCAAAACAUACAGUUCAGUAGUGAAUUUUUGUGGAAAGUCAUAUCAUGGCAUAUUGAAUGUUUGAAGAAAUGUUCUGAAUUUAUUUUGCCUGACAUAUUACACAAUUUGCAAUGUAUUAUGCAAUCAAAUCUGCAAGCAACCCAUAAGUUUGCAGAGGCAUUAAUUGGUAAACAAGGAAUCCUUAUAAAUAUCCUCAGUGUAGAUAAAAGUUACCAGUUAAGCACACAUAGUCCUUUUCAAAUAUGCUUACCAGCAUUGAAAUGUAUUUCGUGCCUAAUUACAACAUUAGAUGAAAACAAUUCAAUGGAUCAACAGUAUUUUUCAACAACUGAUAUAAAAGGACAUAUUUCUGAAGUAGUUAUAAGAUUUCUUAUGAGAGGUUUGACAAAGUCACAAGAUGAAUUUUUGUAUUGCAAAGUGGUAAUAUCAGCAUUGAGAGUUUUAUCACAUCUAUACUUCAGUGAUCACAAUGUAAAUUUUUCAUUGCCUGAGGUUGUAGGUAUUUGUAGACAUUUUAUAUUGUAUGGAUUGGUUAACCAGAAUUCUAAACCUGAACGACUUAUGCCAUCACAACAGACAAUUGCUGCAGUACCAAUGAAAAUGGCUCCAAAAGGUGGAAAGAAACAAAAAUUAAGAAAACAAAGAAAUAACGCCAUUGAAAGCUUGAGGAAAGAAAUACCGGUAUCAGAUCACAGUUUGAUGAAGGAUGUUGAUAAUUUCGAAAACAAUUCUGCAUAUAAGCCAAUCUCAAAAAAUUAUUUGGAGCCACAAAAGACCAGAAACUGCUGGCUAUUAACAAGUGAUUCCGAUAUGUCAGAUGUGGAAAAUAGCAGAGAGGCUAAAAUGAUUGCACUCAAAUCUAGAGUUAGACAAAGUGCAGCAAAUUUAUUUCUUGUAUUGUUUAAGGUUAAAGAUAAGAAAGAUAUCUUUGGAUACUGGUGGGCUCUACUCCCGGAUUCCCCCGAUGCCAACAAUUGGCAUGCAGAUCAGAAUGCAAAAAAGACUCUUGCCUAUUGUGCUGUUACAGACCCAAUAGCUAGUAGCCGGGCAAGUGCACUCAGUGUAAUAUUGGCACUGCUUUCUGGUUCAAGAAUGUAUUUGGCUCAAGCCGAAGUAAGCAAAAAGGAUAAUGUCUCGUUUAUACCAUUCUCAGUAACUUUGGGUUACAUAAUAACAUGUAUGCACAAAAUACUUACUGGUAUUUUAGACAACGAGAGAAGUCACGCCGUAAUCAUAGUGACCCUGAAAUGCUGCGCCGCGUUAGUGCAAGCCACUCCUUAUCACAAAGUACAGGAAGGACUAAUUACUGAUUUGGUUAGAUCUACGAGAAAGUAUUUGGUCCAUAGAGACAUAACAUUACAAGUUGGAGCUCUAAUUACAAUUGGAUGUGUCCUCUCUGUCGAUCCAAAAGUCGAUGAAAUACUCAAAGCUAUGGAAAAAGAUACACUGCUAACUAAAACAUCCUAUGUAAAUGAAGAAAGCAAACCCGACACUGAGGAGUGUGAUGAUUUUGAAGAAGGAUAUUCCGACGAUGAUAUAUUUGUCGCCGUUGAUGGUGAAACAACAAAAAACAAAGAGAUUAAAGACAAUGAUAAACUCAAAAUACGAAGCUGUUUUAAAAGUUGGAUCUUAGACAUUUGCUUUAAAAAUAUUGGUUGGCUGUUCAAAGGCGAAGAAAUAAUGAGAUGUAACCCAUCAGCAAUUCCAAUAAUUCUUGAAUCUCUACAAGUACUGUCGGCCAUUGCUUUCCACCACCUGUCCGAACUGUUGAAGCCUCACGUUACAUUGCUGGCGGACGUUCUGUGUGAGCUGUUGCAACACGAACACCAUGAUGUGGUGUUGCAAGCUGCGAGGACAGUCAGUGUUAUUGCUGAUGGCAUUCAAAAAUUGGAACAAAUCGAUCAAUCUCCGCCACUAAACCAGUGCGUUUACAUGUGGGAAAAGCUCCUAACACCGCUAUCAUUAGUGUUGCAAUGCCACGAUAAUACAGCUGCGAAGGCAGUUGUCUGCGACUGUAUUGCCAACAUUGGCGAGAAACCUUUCAAGGAAUUGCCAAGUCGGCAACAAAUGCUAUGUUGUGCCUUGCUCGUGGGUUCGUGUAGUGACGAGGAGGCAACAGUCAGGGCAGCUGCAGUCCGAGCCCUGGCUAUGGCUGUUAUGUUUCGCACUUUAAGAGAAGACAUCUGCUUUGUAAGCGACUGCUGUGAAAAUAUACUGCGUGCUUUAGCAGAACCUACCUUGGUUGUUCGUAUAAAGGCCGCAUGGGCGCUGGGCAACUUGAGCGAUGCGUUGGUUCUAAAUUUGGAGGAGCCAGAGUUGGAUGACAUUGGCGAUGACCUGCUCGUACGUCUGCUCGAGGCCAGCAUAAAAUGCGCUAACGACAAUGAUAAGGUGAAAAUGAGUGCAACACGUGCUCUGGGUAAUUUGAUACGUCUUAUAAAUAAGGAAAAUUUGAUCAAUAAACCGCAAAUUAGGACUUUAUGUGAAACGGCAAUAGAAAAGCUUUUGGAAUGCGCUUGCAAAGUGACUAAUAUGAAAGUACGUUGGAACGCAUGUUAUGCUCUUGGCAACGCUAUGAAGAAUGAGCAUUUGUUUACUUCUUUCAAUGGAUGGCAGAGUCAAGUAUUUCCGAGUCUGUGCACGCUAGUGCGCGAAUGCAAGAAUCUCAAAGUGCGUAUAAACGCGGCGGUCGCGUUACGCGCGUGCCGUGCGCGCGCGCAGGUGGGCGCGCUGCUGCCGCUGCUGUGCCGCGAGCUGCUCGCCGCCAUGGACAGCGCCGCGCACCUGGACGACUUCACCGAGUACAGGCACAAGGACAACCUGAUCGAACAGCUCUGUGUUACCUUCGCCCACAUUUGCUGCCUACUAAAACCUUCUGAUCUAACCGACAUACUGGACCCACUUGUGUUUCAUGGCGACUGCGCCAAGUCGCUUUUCACGCAAGUCUACCUCAAAUUGCCACCUGAAAAUGCAUCGUGCCUCAAAAUACUGCAAGCUGCUAAAUUCGUCACUAUGGAUUUGGUAGCAGAAAACGACACCCAGGCCCCAGCCCUCGGAAUGCUUCAGGAAAUAUUUAUUUUAGAUUUCUGA